CAGCACGGCAAAGCGCUGCUGUGUGAUCAAUAUCCUGCGGUGCCCUGCGUGUCCGGUGGGCCGGCGUUUGCCUCGGUUAACUGCGAACUGUGCGACACACACACAGGGACUCUGUGCACCGGACCAGCCGGACCACUAGACAGGCCACAGUGUGCGGACGGACGUGCCCCAUCCAGCAACAUGGGACUGUUCGACAAGUUGGCCAACAUGUUGCGGAUGAAAAAGGAGCAGAUCAACAUCCUGGUCGUCGGGCUAAACAACAGUGGCAAAUCGACGAUCGUGAAUCACUUUAAAAAUCCCAACGAACGGACCUCGAUCAUCGUGCCAACGGUGGGAUUCAGUGUGGAGCGGUUUGAAAAUCAGGGAGUCUUCUUUACCGCGUUCGAUAUGUCCGGAGCAACACGAUACCGCAGUCUCUGGGAGCACCAUUUCAGAUCGUGCCUGGGUAUCGUUUUCGUUAUUGACUCGAGCGAUCGCAUGCGUUUAGUGGUCGUGAAGGACGAACUCGAGAUCUUACUGCAACACCCCGACAUCGCUAACCGCCGGGUGCCGAUCCUGUUUUUUGCAAACAAAAUGGACUGCACGGACGCGUUAUCGAGUGUGAAAAUUGCCGCCGGACUAGGGUUGGAGAAAAUCAAAGACAAACCGUGGCACAUCAGUUCCAGCAACGCGCUCACUGGUGAAGGUUUGCAAGACGGAGUCCAGUGGAUGGUUCACCAGAUCCGAGAGUGUGUGGCGAACAGUAAAGAACAUAGGUAG